UUUCAGGGUCAUCUUCUGAAAAACUAAAUAAAAAGUAUAUUUUUAGAAAAUAUUUGAAAAGAUUAAAUAAAAAAAUAGGCCGGCUUGAAUAAUUGUUAGAUCGAAUCGGGGCCGUCAAUUGAACGGACGCCUGAAGAUGUCGACGCUCAUUGCAAUCCGAGAGGCCUCCCUGAGCGGCAACGGCGGUGAAUACUCUCCCGCCAAGGUGAAAGGGUCGAAUCGCGGCGUCUACGGCGGUCGAUCGCCUCUGCUCCGCCGCUUCCAGCUGUUCUUAAGCGGCGCCAAGUACAAGCUCCUCGUCCUCUUCUGCAUCUUCACUUUCUUCAGUUUGCUCAGCUCAAAGAUCUCCUCAUUUAUGGGAUGGAACCCUCACUAUCCGUCUUCCGUCUCUUCUCCUUCUAGGGGUGGAUACACUGUUCUUAUCAAUACUUGGAAGAGAAAUACAUUACUUAAACAGUCUGUUGCACACUAUGCAUCGUGUCAAGGGACUGAUGCGAUUCAUGUCGUUUGGAGUGAAAACGAUCCACCUUCUUACAAGCUACGAGAUUAUCUGAAGAAAGUGAUACUAAAGAAGUCGCAAACAGCUAACAAGCCCAACUUGCGAUUUGACCUGAACAAGGAAGAAGACCUGAACAACAGAUUCAAGCCCAUUACGGAUCUUAGAACUGAUGCUAUAUUCUCGGUGGACGAUGGUGUUAUUGUUCCAUGUCGAACUCUGGAAUUCGCAUUUGCUGUUUGGCAAACUGCUCCUCUUACAAUGGUCGGAUUUGUUCCUCGUAUGCAUUGGUUGAAUGAGGAGAAAAAUGGGGCGGUCCAUUACGUAUACGGAGGAUGGUGGUCGGUUUGGUGGAUGGGAACUUACAGCAUGGUUCUCUCGAAAGCUGCAUUCUUCCAUAAAAACUACCUCGACAUGUACACCAACAAAAUGCCAUCAUCGAUUCAAGAUUACGUCAGCAAAGGAAGAAACUGCGAAGACAUAGCAAUGUCUCUUCUAGUUGCUAAUGCCACUGGGGCUCCUCCUAUAUGGGUUAAAGGGAAGAUAUACGAGAUUGGUUCAUCUGGCAUGAGCAGUUUCAACGGACACAGCGGUAAGAGGAAUAAAUGUCUGGAUGAUUUCAUUAAUUUAUAUGGAACAAUGCCUUUGGUAUCAACCAAUGUGAAAGCUGAGGAUUCAACACGUGAGUGGUUUUGGUAAUUAUCAUACACCAUAAAUAACUGUAUUCUAGUUAGUUUGUUUAGUUCAUAUAAUCUGACAAACCCCGGUCUUUGAGAUGCUACACCUGGUGAAAUACACCGGUUAAUUAUUAUCCGUUGAUGUGGUAAAAUAACUUCCCACUAAGCACACAUACACAUGGGUGUGUGUGUGAUUGUGUGCAUAUCAACGGUUAAUAAUCACCCGUUGUAUUUCACCGGGUGUAGCAUAAAAAAACCGGCAAACCCCCACUCUCCCACUAAGUUUGUUUUUGUAACUCAAAGUUGCAGUCAGCUUUACCGACAAAGGUGAGCAAAUUAAACUCGGAAUCUUGAUUUCAGAAUAAUUUAUAGAAUAUUGAAUUUUCUAUA